AGAGGACUCACCGACGGAGCAGUUGCUGGCGUUGCGAUUGCCUGUAUCCUCGCUGGCCUCGCUCUUGGUGCCGUUGCCGUGUUUCUCCUCUUCCGACGACGCCGAAGACAGCCCCAGACAAACUUUCACCCUGUCAGCAAUGGAGGCAUUGAGCCCAAGAACGACGUGAUGGUGACAGUCACGCCCUCCAAGAGCGACGUCGACCUCAACCAGUUCCUCCUGGAUACAAUCCCCGACAAGCAGAUUGCGGGAGAACUCCACGCCCUGUCAGAACUCCUCUACCAGCACGUCGAAAGCCACUAUCAUCGCUCCCCAGUUCAUCUCGACGCACAAACACUGGCUCAAAGCCUCGCCCACGUCGGUUACUCCCCAGCCGCCUCGGGUCUCGACGCAAUGACCGUUGUUGCGCUCUGUCUGGAGCCUAGCAGCCGCCCGGUCGCUAUACGCCAUGUUCUAUCACAUGUCAUCUUCAGCAGCCUCGACUUCAGCUCGGGAAGCAACAUGGCGAUGCUCCCACCAGUCGUAAGAGAAUUCCUCAGCACGAUCCCCUCAGCCGACAGCAACACGACAUCCCUCGCGCUGUCCAAAUGGCGCAGCCUGUCAACCUUGCUCCUUCAUCCUACCCCAGCAGACCGGACGCCUCUCCCCGUGCCGGUGGCGGAGGCUUCACAGCAGGCUGGCGGUCUGGCCAAUGAGCUCAACUCCUUGCUGCGUUUCUUUGCGCCCCAGGACGCCGCGGGGAGCCAGGAGCAGACAAGUCAUCUGCAGGCUGUGAUUUUAGAAUGCACCAAGCUCGGGUACAUCUUGGUGUCUCAGCCUAGUGACUGGAGGUUUGUCUUUAGUGACAAGCAGAGCCGCAGGGUUGUGGUGUGUCCUGGGCUGGAGAAGCUGAGUCACAGUGAUGGGACCAGGUACAGGUCUCCAAGGGAGGUUGUUGCAGUUGUUACCAUG